AAUUUUGGCGCUGCGCGGCUAAAAUCGGACGCUUUGCGCCCUCUUUCAUCUGUGACAUGAUAGCACCCCUUUCUCCAAAAUCCUGGCUACGCCCCUGAGCAAGAUAGCAGCGAAGUUGUAAGUGAAGGAGAAUGGCAAUCAAGAUGUGGCACUCAUGUGUCUUCCAGCUUUUACUGAUUGGCGGUAUUCCGUUGGUGUUGGGUGAACUGACUCGUGACUAUACUGGGACCCCCUGUACUGGAGAUGUGGUCUCGCUCACUUGUACAGUGCCUGGAAUGUUGUUGGGAUGGGAUAUCCCUGAUUCAAAUAAUCACAUAGUACUUGACAGUGGAAGUGAACUUCCAUUCGUAAGAAAUCCAUACACAGUAACAUCACUUGUGAUCAAUUCCAAUAUCACCUCCAAUUUGAUUUUCCCUGCGAUGGAGGGGAUCACUAUUGGUUGUUUUCCUGUAGGACAGUUGCAGCUGAGGGAAGAACUCACCAUACGGACAGUAGAUACUCCUUUACCACCAAAUGGAUUCAGUAAAUCAAUUCUGAGUAGCUCAGCCGAUGUAGUUAGUGUAGCUGUUGGUUGGAACCCUCCUACUGAGACUGGUGGUAGAGAUGACCUCGACUACACAGUAACUAUCUCACCUCCGGCCCAGCUCUCUACUACCGUCCUCACAUCCACCUCUGUCACUGUGACUGCUCAAUACAAUGUGGACUACACUAUCAGUGUUGUGGCUACCAAUUGUGCUGGGAACAGUACAACAGCUGGGUACAACUUUAGGAUCGGCAACUGUCCUGUGUUGACCGACCCCAUGAAUGGAGCGUUUGGACCAACCACCAGUAGUUUACCAGGAUCCAUAGUAACUAUCCAGUGUGACGCUGGGUAUUUGUCUGCUGUUACGAUGGUGACAUGUGAAAGUACACUGAUGUGGAGUCCAGACCCUGACGCUAUUGAGUGUACAUCACUAACCACACCUACUCCCACAAUUUCUCCUCCAAUGAACUGCACGGCUCCACUAUCCCCACCAAGGAAUGGCACCAUCAGUGAUCAUUCAGUACCAGCUAUUCCUGGUACACAAGUGACCUUUCAGUGUGACAACGGACUGUUCCCUGAGGGGAUAAUGACUGCCACCUGUCUAGCUACAGGAGAGUGGGACAAGAAUCCAGGGGAAAUUGUCUGCAGAGCUGUUUCUUACAAUAGCAGAUUAUCUGAUGGGAGUCGAUUUGAUGCAGCUGUCUCCAUCAGUGUGGUUGUCACGGCAGUUCUAUUCACCGUCAUUGGAUUGUUGAUGGGACUCUUGAUAAUGUAUUUGUUCAUGCAUAAGAAGAAUGUGUACUCUCUAGCAGCUAAAGAGCAAGCUAACGUAGGACCCACUGUAUCAGCUGGUCCUGUUUAUGAGGAGGUGUCACCCAAAGAGGAGAUUGAACUGAACACUAAUCAGGCGUAUGGACCAGUAGGACUGUGAAACUUGUGGUACUUUCACCAACAGCUAAUGUACAUGUAUGUAAACAAUUAACACAAUAAUAUAGCAUGUACUGCAUCUAUUCAUUAUCAACAACUUAGAACAAUGUAAACAGAGUUGUUGGCAUAAGUCAUGUAGCUACGUAUAUAGUCAAAG